AUGUGGAGCGUCAGGCUGCUGCUACAGAAAGCCCUCGUUCUUCUGCACGUCACUGCGAGCGUUGUCGUCGGCAAAACGCUGAUGGUGCUGUUCCCCAACGCCAUGAAAAGGCACAUCCUAAAACAAGGCGAGAAGAGCAGAAUGAACCAGAACCCCAAGUUCAGCUACGAGAACUGGGGCCCGACCUUCUUCAGCUUCCAGUAUUUACUCUUCGUGCUGAAGGUGAAGUGGAAGAGGCUGGAGGACGAAGCCUACGAGGGACGGCCUGCUCCCAACACACCAGUGGUGACAUCCCAGGGGGACGUCCGGCACCUCUUCGACUUCAUGCGAGGUAACCGGCCUUUAAUCCUGAAUUUUGGAAGUUGCACCUGACCUUCAUUUAUGUUAAAAUUUGAUGAGUUCAACAAGCUCGUCAAAGAUUUCAGCUCGAUAGCAGAUUUCCUUAUCAUCUACAUCGAAGAAGCUCACGCAGCAGAUGGAUGGGCUUUUAAAAACAAUAUCAUUAUUAACAAUCACAGAAGCCUUGAAGAUCGAAAAAUUGCAGCACAACUUCUUCAGAAAAAUAAUCCUUUAUGUCCAGUGGUUUUAGACACUAUGGAAAACCUCAGCAGUUCAAAAUAUGCUGCGCUGCCAGAAAGACUGUAUCUGCUUCAAGAGGGGAAGGUUAUCUACAAGGGAGGAGUGGGGCCUUGGAACUAUCACCCCCAGGAAAUACGCGCCAUCCUGGAAAAACUGAAAUAGAAAAAGAAAGAAGAGGACUUCAGAGUAAAGACUAGCUGGAUAAAAAAAAGCUCAAUGAAUAAGUUUUCAUGGACAUAACUGUUAAAAAAAAUACAAAUAACAGAACACCUAGACAGGGAAUAACACAUGCAUCUAAAGAGCAUUUACAGUGUGGUUCAUCAUUUAUUUGUCUGAAGGUUUUCAAGUUUCAUCGGUACAACCUCAUCUAUCACAUUGUAGUGUCUUACUGCACUUAUACCAGAAGCAGUAACGAACAGUAGCUGAGCUAUUAGGAUUGGAUAUCAACAUUUACAUUCCUAGGGAAUACCAUGCAGGAUAAACCUCAGGGGUGGUGACAUUUGCAAAAGUCAACUGGCAUGCAAAACAACCAAUUUCACAUUAAUAAGUUUCUCUUUCUCUCGUACACAUCCAAUUUUCUUAAAUGUUCACUUCCACAGACUUCAGAAGGCUUCUGAAUAAGACAAUCUCUAUUAACAUUUGUUUCUAUUAAUAUUUGUUAUGACAGUCAUAGCUUAAAGCGCAGACAGCUGUGACCUGAAUUUAGAAAAUAUUUAUAGAAACAAAGGAUUGAUCUGCAAUUAUUAAAAAACUAUCAAGAGCA